AUGACGACGCUUUUCUUGCGUCUCCGAGCAGGCUCUGCUUGGUUUUGGAUGUCCUCGCUCUUCGAGGAUCUUUUCUCUUGUUAUAAUUCUUUGGCUUUGGAGCCGAAGGUCCUACUUCUUCCCCAAGAAGGGGCGGCCUUAUCUCGGAGAACUCACCAAUACCUACGGCAAAGGAAUCAGGUCAUACGAAGAAAGCUUUAUUGUUUUUACUUUAUUGUUCUUGACCCAUCUCGAAGCCCCCUUUAUUAUCGAGCUCGAGGUCCCAACUGCUCUAACAACACUGUUAACCCAACUGUCUUCUCAUUUGUUAAACCUCAAGCCUGUAAAAUUCUCCAAACAAAGCCAUUGAAUCAUCUUCAAGACUCAACUUGUUUCCAUUCCAAUUCCAGUCAAGGUCUAGCGUGGGCAUUCCCGACCCUCCAACCUCCACCUCCCAAAGUUUGUGGCUCUCCUGGUGGUCCAUUAGUUACUGGACCGAGAAUCAAACUUCGGGAUGGAAGACAUCUAGCUUACGAGGAGCAUGGUGUACCCAAAGAAACUGCCAAAUAUAAGGUCAUAUAUGCUCAUAGCUUUGGUUCUUGCAGAUAUGAUGCCGCUGUUGCACCUUUAGAAACACUUGAAGAAUUAGGGGCGUAUGUUGUCUCUUUUGAUAGACCUGGUUAUGGGGAAAGUGAUCCUGAUCCAGAGCGAACAAUACAAACUACAGCUUUGGAUAUGGAAGAGCUCGCUGAUCAACUGGGACUUGGCCCUAAGUUUUAUGUUAUGGGGUUUUCCAUGGGUGGUCAGUCAGUUUGGGGUUGCCUCAAGUACAUCCCUAAUCGGUUGGCAGGAGUAGCUCUAGUUGCUCCGGUUGUCAAUUACUGGUGGCCUGGAUUUCCUGCUAAUUUAUCGACAGAAGGAUACAAUCUACAGCUCCCACAGGACCAAUGGGCGCUUCGAGUUGCACAU